CUGGUUGUGGUGUUUGGCCUGUGGGACUGGCAUAGUUCAACCGUCUUUUGGAGGAUUGAAAUGUCCUGUCGUUGGCGAGGCACCUGAAAGCCCAAGAAAAAUCGUGCCAUGGCACUGCAAGCCUCGAGGCUCUGUCUCGGAGAUUCAUUGUGAGCCCUGAGUACCAACCCUUGCUCAUUGCUGAGGCUUGAAGCAGCAUGUGCACCGUGGAAUUACAAAGGUAUGGUUCCAGCUGAGUAUAAGAGAUGAACCAUUAGUCGCUCAGAGAACACUAUCAAAUCAUCAGCUUCAAAUCAAAUAUCAGUCUUCUAGCCUCGUUAUCACUAAAGGCUCAGCCCUCAUAUGUAUCUUUAUGUCUCAUCAAAGAUCUAUCUCGGAAGCAGACUUCCACAAGCAGCGCCGGUCUUUGCUGCGGAAGAAGACCAGAGCGGGAUGGGGAGUAGGUCUCUCAAGCGCCAUGACUGCAAGUGGGCUGUACUAUAUGGCAGUACCUGCGGGUGUCGCCGCCUAUGGUUACAAGAACUCUGGCGAUACACUAGAGGAUCUAGAACAGAUUAUGGCAGCGCGCGGCAUCAAGCCACGUAGUCGAGAUAGGCUUGCCAGCUUCCUGAUCGGGACCACGGAGAAGCUCGCGAUCUCUGCUGUGACCCUGGGACAGAGCGAAGCCGCUUGCCUGGACGGAUACUUCGGGUUGAAAAACAACAUUGAUAAUCUCGCCCAUCUUAAUACGGAAGUCUUGAGCCACGACGGCCUAAAAGGUGCCAAUCUGCUGGUUAACAUGCCAGUGGAUUUCGUGCAGCAUACGGUACACUAUGAGUCCAGCAGUCAUGACGUCUCCGACAACUUGGCGAUGGCGGCUGCUGCGGGAGUCACGGAGUAUGGCUUGAACAAGAUGGGUGAUGCUGGAUCAAAUGCGCGAUGCAAAGUCGAGACGGGCCAAAGCCAGCAUGCCAUGUGGCAGGGAAUGGGCGUGCGAAGAUUUUGACUAUGGGCCACGGUGACCUUUGGCUGUAUCUAUCUGAAGUUCGUACAGCGGUUCUGAAGUAGUUCUUGCAUAGCUUCUUAUUACUUUAAAAUGUUAGCAGUCUUGUUUGGGGAAGCUUUCCUAUUGACGCUGCAUACCCUACCGUGCAAAUGCACAUUCUUUCCACAAGCGUCUAGCUUGGUUCGGAAAUCCUGG